UCUGCACAUCGCUUGAACCCCACCAUCUCUCUCUCUCUCUCCGCCUCCCACGCAGAACCAAUCUGACCAUUCUCAUGGCGGACAACAAGCCCGGCGAGGAGCAGCUCUGCACCCUCGAGAAGCGCGGCAACCUCUUCAUCCUCACCCUCACCGGCGCCGGCGAGCACCGCCUCAACCCCAACCUCAUCUCCGCCCUCCGCUCCGCCCUCUCCCGCCUCCAAUCCGACCCCUCCGCCUCAUCCCCCUCCGCCGCCCUGAUCACCACCGCCCACGGCAAGUUCUUCUCCAACGGCUACGACCUCGGCUGGGUCCAGUCCUCCGAGUCCCGCCUCCUGCUCAUGUCCUCCUCCUUCCGCUCCCUCGUCCGCGACCUCAUCUGCCUCCCGAUGCCCACCAUUGCCGCUGUCACCGGCCACGCCUCCGCCGCGGGGAUGAUGCUCGCCCUCAGCCACGACUACGUGGUCAUGCGGCGCGACCGGGGCUUCCUGUACAUGAGCGAGAUGGACAUCGGGCUCGUCAUCCCCAACUGGCUCAUGGCCCUGAUGAGGUCCAAGAUCGGCGACCCGAGGGCCCGGCGGGAGGUCGUGAUGGGGGCGGCGAAUCUGACGGCGGAGGACGGGGUGAGGAUCGGGGUGGUCGACUCGGCCCACGACGGCGCGGAGGCGACGGUGGCGGCGGCGGCGGCGGCGGCGGACCUGGGGGAGGCGUUGGUCGCGAGGAAGUGGGACGGACACGUGUACGCUCGGAACCGGAGGGUGGUGCUGCGGGAGGUGCUGGAGGCCGUCGGAUGCGAUGAGACUGUCGAGGAAGUGGCGGCGUUUAUGGCCCGGUCGAAGUUGUAGUUGGGCUUCCUCUUGAGGCCCGUUUCGAGUGUUGUCUUGAAAUUGUUCGGCCCGUUGGGCCUGUUGGGCCCUUAGAUGUUACAAGGUGUUUACAUGUUGCAGCAUGAUAAGGUGGCCGAAAAGGAGAUGAAAUCAUAUUGUGUGUGGCACUUGGAAAAUGAAAACUUUGCAAUUAAAUGCAAAU